AUACUACCACAGAGACAAAUAAGUACAGAGCACGCCACAGCGCUCCUCUCCUCGCCCAUCAUCAUAUCCCAGCGGCCCGGAUUUGGACUCGACGCCGCGGCCAAAUCUUUCGCGGCCGCAAUCGCACAGGCCAGACAAGGAGUCCAGCCCCACCCCCGAGAUGGCGACGACAACCGCGGCGGCGCCGGCGGCCGGGUACGGCGCGGACGGCGUGUACCGCUCGCUGCGCCCGCCGGCGCGCAUCCCGGCCGACCCGGGCCUCUCCGUCGCCGACCUCCUCCUGCGCCGCGCCGACGCGUGCCCGUCCGCGCCCGCGCUGAUCGACGCCACCACGGGCCGCGCGCUCACCUUCGCCGCCCUCCGCUCCGCGGUGCUGACGACCGCCGUCGCGCUCGCCUCCCGCGCGGGCGUCCGCCCCGGCGACGCCGUGCUCCUCCUCGCGCCCAACUGCGUCCUCUACCCGGUCUGCUUCUUCGCGGUCACCGCCGCCGGCGCCGUCGCCAGCACCGCCAACCCGCUCUACACCCCGCGGGAGAUCGCCAAGCAGGCGUCCGACGCGCGCGUCAAGCUCGUCGUCACCGUGGCCGAGCUGCUCCCCAAAGUCGCCGCCCUCCGCCUGCCCGUCAUCCUCCUCGAUGACGCCGCCCCUCCGGCGAUGGCCGACGUGACGCUCUACUCCGACCUCGUGUCCGGCGCGGACGAGUCAGCCUACCGCCGCCCGCCGACGAAGCAGAGCGACACGGCCGGGCUGCUCUACUCGUCGGGCACGACGGGGGAGAGCAAGGGCGUCGUCCUGACGCACCGCAACUUCAUCGCGGCGGCGACGAUGGUGACGUCGGACCAGGACGAGCGCGGGGAGCCGCCCAACGUGUUCCUCUGCUUCCUGCCCAUGUUCCACAUCUUCGGCCUCUCCGUCCUCACCUUCGCGCAGCUGCAGCGGGGCAACGCCGUGGUGGUCAUGUCGGGGUUCGCCAUGGACUCGGUGAUGAGGGCCGUGCAGCAGCACCGGGUGACGCACGUCUUCUGCGUGCCGCCGGUGAUGAUCGCGCUGGCCAAGCACGGGCGGGCCGGCAAGUACGACCUCAGCUCCCUCAAGUUCAUCGGCUCCGGCGCCGCGCCGCUCGGCAGGGACGUCAUGGAGGUGGUGGCCAGGAACUUCCCCGACGCCGAGAUCGUUCAGGGCUAUGGUAUGACUGAGACUUGUGGGAUCAUAUCGCUUGAAUACCCAGAAAAGGGACAAGCUCGUCAAUUCGGGUCAACUGGAACACUUGUCGUUGGAGUUGAGGCAAAAGUUGUCGACGUAGAGACGCAAAACCAUCUACCACCAAGUCAACUAGGAGAAAUCUGUAUCCGGGGACCACAAAUAAUGCAAGGGUAUUUCAACAAUGUGGAGGCUACUGAUUUUACCAUCAAGCAAGGAUGGUUGCAUACUGGUGAUCUUGGAUACUUUGAUGAUGAAGGCCAGCUUUUUGUCGUUGAUAGACUAAAAGAGCUGAUUAAGUACAACGGUUUCCAGAUUGCACCUGCUGAGCUUGAAGGGUUACUUCUAUCUCAUCCAGAGAUUCUGGAUGCCGUCGUUAUCCCGUUCCCUGAUGAUGUAGCUGGGGAAGUUCCUAUUGCCUAUGUGGUGAGAUCACCUGCCAGUUCAUUAACCGAAGCGGACGUCCAGAAGUUUAUCGCGAAGCAGGUCACGCACUACAAAAGACUGAGGCGGGUCACCUUCGUGGAGAGCGUGCCAAAGUCAGCCGCAGGCAAGAUCUUGAGAAGAGAGCUCAUUGCCCAGGUCAGAUCGUCCAAAUUGUAGCAAAAUCUGCUUCGAGAUCGCGCUACAUUUCCAACAAUCUACUACCAUUGGGCAAUGCCGAGGUUUACAAAUUCCUUUUGCCGGGGCAUCGUUUUCGUUUAUAUGACGCGACAUAAAUGUCAAUCUCAACAUUGUACAAAAGAUUGUAUGUGACAAGACCAUUGAUUGUUUGAAUGUACCGUGUAUGGCAUCUAUACAACAAAUGAAGAAAAUGAAUAUCAAUGAAUAA